AGCUAGCAAAGCUGCUGGUGGGUACAAAUGCCGCACGCCACCGCCACAAUCGAACCAUCCAGCAUCAGUCAAGUUCCACCAGCACUCGAUUAACCCAUCUCUCAAUCUGCAUCGUCCAGCGCCUUCCUUUCAUCCACCGUUUCUCGUUACCGCCCGCCCUUUUCGCCACCCGCGCGCCAAUAUGAACGCUCUCCGCCUCUCCCUCCUCGUGCUCCUCGCGACGGCUCUUGUGCUGCACCUCCUCCCCGCGCGCACCGCCGCGUCCGACGUUGAGUCGGCGAUCGCCAACGACGAGUUUAACUUCGACGACGCCGCCGACGAAGUGGCUGAUUUUCUCGGCGACGACGCAAGCGACGUCGCAGAGCGUCGCAUCCUGGCCGGCAGCAGCGGCAGCGGCGCGGCGACCGGCAAGACCGGCUCGUACAAGCCGAAGCACAAGAAGCGCCGCAACGCCGCCGGCGACGGCACCGGCGUGUGCCCGUAUUCUGGCAAGAAGGGCCCGUCUCCCGCGAGCGAGUACUGCGGCGGCGCGUGCUGCAUUAGCCCCGAGUACCCGUGCUGCGGCGGCGACAAGUGCUGCAAGAAGGGCGGCUGCUGCCAGAAGAACGGCCAGUUCGUCUGCUGCAAGAGCUACUAACUACCCCCCCGCGCCACGGAACAACUAGUAGGGUCUCUCGGGCUAGUCCGUACCGCCUGGCGUUCUAACCUUAGGUACUCGUUGCUGCGCUGUUACUUUGCUUGGAGUUCGUAGGUUCUGUUCGGUUCUAUUCGGCCCUCUCUGGAAUAUGCUAGGUUCUGAUUGGUGCUAGGAUGAAUGUGUGGAGGCGUUGGGUGAUUGUAUCGGAUGCAGCUUGCCUGUCAAGCUCUGCACCUGCAAUAAAUGGCUUAUAUUGUC